CCUGGUAGCAGCUACGCGCCACAGUUGUGGCCUUAGCCUAACCAGCGAGGAGCCACACCUGUGGCAUGUCAUAAACCGCCCAGUGGGAAGAGUUAAUUGGGUGGUGACACCUGGCUACCGGGGAGGAUGACCUGGCCCGGAGCCCAGGACCCUGCAGGUCAGUAUAUGAGAAAACACCUUUGAGAGCAGACCAGUCAUCAGUGUCUUCACAAUCCGAGUCUUUUGAAGUCAGCUCAAGAAGAGGAUGAAACGAGAUUGCUAUGGUAAUGUGGUCAAUGGAUCUUCCUCUGGAACUGUGCCUAGAGCUGCAGCCCAAGGCCCCAGUGGUAAUGUCGCCAAUGGAUCUCCCUCUGGAAAUAUGCCUAAAGCUGCAACCCAAGGUCCCAAAGGUACUGCCGCUGCAAGCAGUCAUGCCCCAGGUCCUUCGGGGUACAGGCCCGCACCUCGCCGACGUCCUGUGCAACCCGACAAGUACAUGAGACUGCUGUUUUCUACGGACGGUAACGACAACGACAUCUCUGACUCUGAAUUUGUUCUGGACAGUGACAGUGACAGUGACAGUGACAGUGACAGUGACUUUGACAGUGACAGUGAAAGUGACAGGGACAAUGAACUGCGUGAAGGUGAGGAUGACCACCGGAACAGAGAAGUGCCGUUGCCUGAGACCCCAGACUUCUCAUUUGCUUGGUCAGAAGGGUCAGACUUCGUACCUGACCUGCACGAGUUUUGCUCUGACAGGAGUGGCGUGACGAGAGACUGGCCUUGCAACGACCAGAGGUAG